AAGAAGAAGAAAGAAUCAAAGCUGAACUAAAAGCUAAAGAAGAAGAAGAAAGAAUCAAAGCUGAACUAAAAGCUAAAGAAGAAGAAGAAAGAAUCAAAGCUGAACUAAAAGCUAAAGAAGAAGAAGAAAGAAUCAAAGCGGAACUAAAAGCCAACGAAGAAGAAGGCAGAAUCAAAGCUGAAUUAGAAUAUAAAAAUUCAACCAAAGAAGAUCUUGAAUCAUUCAAACUCAGUUUUGAAUCUUCACUUACUGACACUUCACUAUACCAAGAACAAACUUCUCAGUCAUUGCUAGAAGCAGUUGCCACAUCAUCCCAUCUUGACUCUCUAUCAACCACAUCAGAAACAAGUCCUGGAUUGAAAACUGUUAUUGAAAGCUCUUCCACAACUUCUCAAAGCUUUGAGAUCACCUCAGAUUCUUCCCUUGAAGGAUUUGAGUCAAUAGAAUUUGCAUCCACAUCAGAAGAAUCAACCAAAGGUUACAAGCUUGAAGUUGAAUCAUCAGUCUUAGGGUCAUCAGCUGGCCUUGAAGUCACUUCGGAAUCAGUCACAGAAGCAACAGUUUCUGCUUUCCAUCUUGAGUUUCAGUCCACCAAGGAGUCGGCCUCUGAUAUCAAAGCCGUUGUUGAAAGUUCGUUAGAGACCUCCCAGAUUUUGGAACUAGGCUCAAACGUUUCCCUUGGUGCAGUAACAGACUCCACAGUAAAAUUUCAUUCCCAUUCUGAGGAAGCUGUUGCUGGCUUGAAGUUUGACUAUCAAAGUACUACUGGGGAAUCUGUGAAGACUAAUGAGGAAGAACUAUACUCGGGCUUGAAAUUUGGUUAUCAAACAACAACAGAAGAGGAAGUCAAAUCUAAAACUGCUACUGGCUUGGAACUUGAUUAUCAAAUCACUACCGAAGAAUCAAAAAGAGAAGAAGAGCCGGUCAAAUCUAAAACUGCUACUGGCUUGGAACUUGAUUAUCAAAUCACUACCGAAGAAUCAAACAGAGAAGAAGAGCCGGUCAAGGCUGAAGCAAAAUCGACCAAUUUGAAAUUUGAUCAUCAAACUACUACUGAAGAAUCGGCUAAGACAUUUGCAGAAGAAUCAUCUACCGACAUCAAAUUCAAUUAUCAAGCAACCACAGGCCAAACAACCAAAGAGGCAGCAGCUAACUUGAUUGUUGAUCAUCAGUCUCCGACUGGGGAAACUUUUAAAGAACCAUCUGCUGAUUUGAAAUUUGAUUAUCAAUCAGCUACUGAGGAGACUACACACCUCACUGCUAAGGAGCCAUCUGUGGAUAUAACACCUGGCUCUAAAACUGCAGUAGAGGAAACACGCUUUGCUGAUUCAGAACUUGAUUAUCAAACUCAAAUCACUUCAGAACUUGAUUAUCAAACUCAAAUCACUUCAGAGGAGACUCCAGAGACAACUGGGGAAGAACAAUUAACUGAUUUAAAACUUGAUUAUCAAAUAUCUACAGAACACACCGCUAAAGAGGCACCUACUGAUUUAAAACUUGAUUAUCAAAUAUCUACAGAGCAGACUGCUAAAGAGGCACCUACUGAUUUGAAGCUUGAUUAUCAAAUAUCUACAGAACAGACUCCAAAAGAGACACCUGCUGAUUUGAAACUUGAUUAUCAAAUAUCUACAGAACAGACCACUAAAGAAACACCUACUGAUUUAAAACUUGAUUAUCAGAUAUCUACAGAACAGACUGCUAAAGAAACAGGAGUUGAUCUUAAACUUGAUUAUCAAUCUACAACAGAAGAAUCAAGUUUUCAAGUAAACGCUGACACUUCAGUGUCAGAAGAAAGUUCAUCAGAGCUUGAGGUCACUGCCCAGUUAUCACGAGAAACAACUUAUUCAUCCACUGAAUAUCAAUCUACCUUAGAAGAAACUGACAAAACUGUGACAUUUGAUUCACCAGAAUCCUCAGCUAGAAAACUUUCAGACUCAGACUAUACACUUACAUUUUCACAGAAAGAUUCUUCGGAAUCCCCUGUUCCUGAGCAAACUUCGAACGUUGGUGUUGAGGCCUCGAUCUCGCAGGCUGAACCGAAUGUGAUUAAAACAGAAGUACGCAGUGAAGCUUCAUUUCAACGUGAAGUAGUUGGUAAUCAGAGAGUUGAGGAAGAUACAGUCAAGAGAUCAGCAGAAGAGAGCAAAGAGGCAGUAAAGAGAUCAGCAGAAGAGAGCACAGAGACAGACAAGAGAUCAGCAGAAGAGAGCAAAGAGGCAGUAAAGAGAUCAGCAGAAGAGAGCAAAGAGGCAGUAAAGAGAUCAGCAGAAGAGAGCAAAGAGGCAGUAAAGAGAUCAGCAGAAGAGAGCAAAGAGGCAGUAAAGAGAUCAGCAGAAGAGAGCAAAGAGACAGACGAAGGAAAAAAAGGAUUUAGUCCACAAGUGAUCGGCACCAUGGACGACUGCGUCAUUGAGUUGGGAGAAGUCGCCAGAUUUGAUUGCCGUGUUUCCGCCUACCCAGAUCCUGAAAUUACAUGGUAAGUUUCAUGAAUAGUUGUUUUUUCUUGCUACAUUUUUCACGGCUCGCAAUUUACAACAUAAUUCAGACCAUGAAAUUGCUUGUUAAAUUUUAACUUACUGGUAUAUUUUUCAGAAGUUUCAUUUUAUUAAUCUAAAUCCUGAAGCUAUCUUUUCAUUCACUGUUAUUUUAAAUCAGAUUUAUAAUGCUUGAUUGGAAUUUAAUUUUAAGACAGUCAAAUUUGAACAGUUUUUAUCAUACCCUGCAUUAUAGAGGUAAACUACAUACUCAUUGACACCCAUAGAGACACACAUACUCAGAGACCCAAACUCACAGACAUAGAUAGUCAGAGACAGACACACAUACUUAGAAACGCCUAUAGUCAGAGACACCUAUAAUCAGAGACACAUAGUCGGAGACACACAUGCUUAGAGACAUACAUACUUAGAGACACACAUACUCAGAGACACAUGUACUUAGAGACAUACAUGGUCAGACACAUACACACACUCAGACAGACACAGUCAAACACACACAUAGUCAGAGACACAUGUGCUCAGAGACACACAUAAUCAGAGGCACAUGUCCUCAGACACACCCAUAUUUAGAGACAUACAUACUCAGAGACACAUGUACUCAGAGACACACAUACUCAGAGACACCUAUCGUCUGAGACAUCCAUGAUCAGAGACACACAUAGUGUGUUAAGUUAUAAAGCUCUGAGACAUUCAUGUAACCUGCACCAUUUUCAAUCCCUUUCAAAACAUAAGCAAUACCUUUUUUUUUUUAAAAAGUAGUGCUAUUAAAGUUGGACUUCUCUAUCACAUCACAUCAUAGAGAUCUGUAACUGGGAUGUGUACCAACUGAGAUGUGUGCCAACUGAGAUGUGUGCCAUCUCAUUCUUGUUGCUGCCACUUGCCCUAACACUGCAGCACUAUUUCUUAUAUUGUUCUCAUGCCCAUUUCUUCCAUUGCCCCACCACCAGGUAUAAGGAUGGAAACAAAGUCAUCCCCUCGGUCAAACAUGAGCUGGUCAACUUCCAUGAUGACAUCUUCUCACUGCUCAUCAAGAAAGUGGAACCAAAGGACAGCGGCCGAUACACCUGCCAUGCCAAGAAUGAGUACGGAGAAGCAAAGACGGAGGCUUUACUCAACGUUCUGGGUAAGUUGAUUCAGGUCAUACACAGAUGAGUUGUCUCAGGUCAUACUUUUGAGUUGAUACCGGGGGUCCAAUCCUGGGGAAUAAAUAUGUUUUAGGUAGCAAAAAAAGUAUAGGAAUGCCAUUCCGACACAUUCCUGCUGGAAUCGACCACUGGUUGAUAAUAUGGGCAUGAGUUGAUAACAGGGACCAUUUACAUCAAUAGACAUACAUUUGAGAACAUCUGUAUGACUGUGUCAUUAUGAGUUUAUAUUACAGCUUUAGCUUAAUGUAUGACAUUCCCAUCUUUUUCCACUGCUCAUGUUUGUCGCACAUAGAAAUAUUCACACUGUCGACCAUUGUAAGAGUAAUUUAUCUUGGUCCUUUACCGAUAUUUAUUUGGCCUCAAAAUAUUUAUUUCUUCAAAUUUCUUAGGACAUAUUUAAGAACAUUAGAGCGCUGUGAGCAUGCUAAAGUAGCAUGGAUACAAGCGCUAUAUAAUUAUUCCAUUCAAUUCAUCCCAAAUGUUUUUAAGGUCAGGAGAUUUAAGGCCAAUCUUUGACUGGUCCAUAAAUUCAUGUAUGGCCGCCAGCUAGUAGAGUCAUGUUAAAUAAAACAUGAACAAAUGUGUGAAUGAACAUAUAUAAUUAAAUUGUUUAAAGUACAAACAUUUUCAUCUGUUACCAUUUUUUAUCUUUCCAAAACAAACCAAAACAAAAAUUCACAGAUUGUUAAAUAUAUACAUUAAAUGAGCUGCCAUGUAAUUCCUAGAAAUGACUUGUCCUUGAAACGACUCGUUUGAUUUCAGAUCAAAAAGAAAAGAUAACAGACGCCCACGUUGCCCCUUGCUUCCUCACAAAGUUCUACGACAUUGAAGCGGUUGAGGGCGUCCCGGUAGAGUUUGUGUGCGUCAUCUAUGGCAACCCGGAUCCUACUGUCACCUGGCUGCUCAAUGGCAAGGAGGUGGAGAGUGGCUCAGAAAUCUUAACCAGAAGACAAGAAGACACUGUCAUGUUGGCUUUCAGGUACGGUUUUAUUUCAUCACAAGGACAUUUUUUUUGGUAAUGCUUUAUUCACAUGGGAAAAUAUUUUAUAAAAGAGUUUUCUUUAUCUCUUACCAUUUUAAAACCAAUGUUGCCUUUUAGGGUCCAGGUCAUAUUUUAGGGUCCUUGUCGUGUCAUGGGGUCCAUGUCGUAUUUUAGGGCCCGUAUGCUCAAGACUCAAAGUCAUUGUUGUGUUUCUCCUUAUUUGUUUCCCUUGAACAUCAUUUCAUUUCCCUUCUUUCUAAAUCUCUCACUGUCCCUCUUUCUUUACUUUUGUGGUACAAUGAAUAAGUGUAUGUUAAGACAUUUUUUCCAUGUUUUAUUAUGGACUUUAUAGGACAAUGUGGACUGUAAAUAUGGGACAAUGUGGAAUGUAGAUAUGGGACAAUGUGGAAUGUAGAUAUGGGACAAUGUGGAAAGUGCAGAUAUGAGACAAUGUGGAAUGUAGAUUUGGGACUUUUUUAAUCUUGUGGAUCUAUUUCCCCAAUUACUAUGAGAGUGUACUUGAUAUUGACAGCAUAUUAUUUCUCUGUAAAUAACAGGUCUGUACAAGUAGAACAUUCAGGAGAAAUCAUCUGUAAACUGAAGAAUGAUUCAGGCCAGGCCCUGUGUAAGGCGAGGCUGAAAGUCAAAGAGGAUUUGAGCAAGAAGGGGGAUCGCCCUCUGUUCUUGGAAAGACCUUCAGACAAAGAGGUCAGUGAAGGUGAAGAGGUCACGUUCGAGUGUGUCAUCUCCGGCAGCCCGGAUCCUGAUGUCACCUGGUACUUCAACGGGCGGGAACUGCACGAGUCCCGACGUAGGUCCAUGCGGCGCAAGGCUGGACAGAAAUACUCAUUGACUCUGCGAGAGGUCAUCCUGGACAAUGCUGGCGUGUACACGUGUAAGGCAGUCAAUCGUGUUGGUGAUGCCUCAUGUGCUGUGGAGCUGUCUGUCAAGGAGCCCCCAACAGAGCCAACAUAUAAAGGUCAUGGUUACGGGUAAGUGGAGAUCAUAGUUAUCUGGAUUAAAAUGAUUUUAAAUUAUCACUUUGAUUAAUGGGAGAGUAAAAACUGGAAGGCCUCUGUGCCUGUUGGUGAUGUUAAUAAACUUCAGCAGUUUUAUCAGGUAUUCUACCACUUACAAACAACAUGCACCAAUUCUCAUUUUUGAAUCUAGCUGUAGGAGUAAAGUUGGUUGACCUCUGAUCUCAAUUAAAUAAGAACACCAAGUGAAUUUUUAGAAUCAGUGAGGAAAAUUAAAAUGAAAUGGGUUCACAUCUUUUAUUAAAUAGUUUAAUGUUGUGAUUUCCAUAUGACCAGCCUGGACCAUGAUGCUCUCAAGUACUCGUUCCCUCCAACCUUCACUCGUCGCAUCCAAGACAUGCAGAGUUUGCCUGGUCGAAUGGCCAGGUUUGAGGCUAUGGUGAUUGGAGUGCCUGAGCCAGAAAUUGAAUGGUAAUUUAUGAUUUUUGUCCAUGUAUGAGCGUUGAUUUCAUUAAUAAGGGUUUGGGCCUGUAAUGAAUUCUUCUCUUUAAAAUUUCAAGUUGUUAAAUUAUCUAAAGCAGGGGUGGGCAAACUACCCCGGCGACUGAUAUUAUGCAGCCCUUGAAGAAAUAUAGAAAUUUAAAAAAUAAUUUUUUAAAAAGUUUUUUUUAAUGAAUUUUACAGAAUUUUAUGUACCAUUAUGAUUGUUUAAAAAUUUUUUAUCAACUAUCAUUCUAAUUUUCUAUUUUUAUAAACAGUCUUUGAUUUUUGUCAUGCAAGGUUAAAAUGUGAAUUUACCAAUUUUAAUGUAGAGAAAUUUUAUCGACAUGUAAAAAUUGGACAUAAUAUACAUGCAUCCCCCCAAUAGCUUUAGAUUUGUCAAUGUGGCCCUCCGCACAAAAAGUUUGCCCACCCCUGAAAUAAAGGGAAGCAAAAAUACAAAAGCCCCAAGUAUCAAAUAUAAUUGUAUAAAUGGCAAGCAAGUACUACUAAACAUCUAUCCAAGUAUUGCAAUGAACAACUCAACAUCUAUCCAAGUAUUGCAAUUAACAACUAAACAUCUAUCCAAGGAUUGCAAUUAACAACUAAACAUCUAUCCAAGGAUUGCAGUCAACAACUCAACAUCUAUCCAAGUAUUGCAGUCAACAACUAAACAUCUAUCCAAGGAUUGCAAUGAACAACUAAACAUCUAUCCAAGGAUUGCAAUGAACAACUCAACAUCUAUCCAAGUAUUGCAAUCAACAACUAAACAUCUAUCCAAGUAUUGCAAUUAACAACUAAACAUCUAUCCAAGUAUUGCAAUUAACAACUAAACAUCUAUCCAAGGAUUGCAAUCAACAACUAAACAUCUAUCCAAGUAUUGCAAUUAACAACUAAACAUCUAUCCAAGGAUUGCAAUGAACAACUAAACAUCUAUCCAAGUAUUGCAAUUAACAACUAAACAUCUAUCCAAGUAUUGCAAUGAACAACUAAACAUCUAUCCAAGGAUCGCAAUGAACAACUCAACAUCUAUCCAAGUAUUGCAAUUAACAACUAAACAUCUAUCCAAGGAUUGCAAUCAACAACUAAACAUCUAUCCAAGCAUUGCAAUUAACAACUAAACAUCUAUCCAAGGAUUGCAAUGAACAACUAAACAUCUAUCCAAGUAUUGCAAUUAACAACUAAACAUCUAUCCAAGUAUUGCAAUGAACAACUAAACAUCUAUCCAAGGAUCGCAAUGAACAACUCAACAUCUAUCCAAGUAUUGCAAUUAACAACUAAACAUCUAUCCAAGGAUUGCAAUGAACAACUCAACAUCUAUCCAAGUAUUGCAAUCAACAACUAAACAUCUAUCCAAGUAUUGCAAUUAACAACUAAACAUCUAUCCAAGGAUUGCAAUGAACAACUAAACAUCUAUCCAAGUAUUGCAAUUAACAACUAAACAUCUAUCCAAGGAUUGCAAUGAACAACUAAACAUCUAUCCAAGUAUUGCAAUUAACAACUAAACAUCUAUCCAAGUAUUGCAAUGAACAACUAAACAUCUAUCCAAGUAUUGCAAUGAACAGCUCACCCAUUUAUUUACUAUUUGUUUUGUCUGUUAGGCAAAAAGAUGGCUUCCCCCUGAAAUCUGGUCCCAAGUACAAAAUGGGUCGUGAAGGUCACACAACUAUUUUGGUGGUUGAGAACUGCGAUACAAUGGAUGAAGGGAACUACACUUGCAACAUUUACAACGAUGCAGGCAAGGCUUCCUGCUCGGCGCAGCUUAAAGUUCAAGGUCAGUCAAAGUGUAUUCUUGCUGUGCAAGCAUCUCAGAUUUUUAGUUUUGAAAAAGGAAAAGUGUAUUUUUGGAAACAGCCGGCUGUAACCAGUGUGUAAAUUAAGCUUGAUAAACAUUUUUCUUGGUAGAGUUGUGCAAAGAACAUUUAUAUUAGCAGUUCUUGUCAUUUAUGAUUUGUAUUUUCAGACGAGAGAAGUCGCCAGUCAGUACCCAGAUAUUACACUCCCAGUGUUGGUAGAGACAGUUACAGGGGCUCACCGUCCCCGGCACCCCGGAGAUCUGUUGUCAGAGAAAUCCCACUGGAAGGUCAGGACGUGCAAAAGGGGCUUUUCUUUAUUGUGUGGCUUGAAAAAUCUUCAAUUUUCUGCCAACAACACUUAGUGAAUGGUGCCAUAUCUCAUCACUGUUUAAAUAUGUUUUACUUCUUGGUUUCAAAUUUUGAAACACACUAUCAAAAUAUUUUGUAGUGAAAAGACAGUGGCCCAUUUUUUCUUGAUCACAUGAAAUUAUAUUUUAUCUUGUGAAACAAUCUAGGUGAAUUUACCUUAUUUCUGCAUAAAUAGAAAUCAAUAUGUCGAAAAAUGAAUUAAAGAAUGGGUCUAAUUACAGGGAAAAAAUUAAUCUUUUUUUUUCUUCGGGAAAUAUUGUAGUACAAUUAAUUUUAUUUUAGCUUUUAAUUUCUUUUAACAAAUUUUGUAGUAUAAAUUUAGAAUGUUUUUAUUAUUAUCACUGGCAAAAAAUAGUUUUUAAUAUACUAUUUAGGUAGAAAUUAAAAACUAGUUAAAUUUUACAAAAAAGGCAGAUGCUAUUGUUCCUAUCUAAAGGAUCAUUUGACUUUGCUUGUUUUGACAAAAUGUUUAUAUUUGAAAUGCAGACAAAAUCCCCACUAUUCCCAUUGACAAGCCAGUCCUGCUAGAUGUCAAGCCCAAUGCUGUCAAACUGUCAUGGAUGCCGGCACCCACUGCUUCACUUCCUGAAAAUGCCCAGAGGAUCACAUACACCAUUGAGGCCAGGGAGUUGCCGAACAAGAACUGGGUCAGGUAACCACAUUUAAAAAUUAGCUUUAUAGGUCAGGAUGAAACCAAAUUAUUUUUUGACAUCAGCUUUAUAGGUCAAGAAUAUACCCAAAUAUUACUGAGCAUUAGCUUUAUAGUUUAUGAUAAAACCCCAAAAUUACUUGGCAGUCUUGUGGAAUCCCCAUGGCAAUAGAUUAAUGUAGAGGAAGUGAUAGUGAUCUCUGGGUAGAUUUGGAUUGGGGAUGAAAAUAAUUGAUCACUUUAAAAAAUUGGGGGUGGUGAGGUCAGGCCCCAACUUGUAUGGUCAAUAUCAAUACCAUCAAUGUAUUUGCCCGAGGGCACCAAGGAUGCUAACACCAGCACUAGAGGGGAUCAAGACAGAGAGAAAGGGAAUAUGAAUUAUCAUUAAUGGCCUGUGCUCCUCUGACAACAACAUAGGCUGAAAGCAAGAACCUUUCUGUACAUAAUCAAUUAGUACAUUUUUGUGUUGUGAAAUAAUUUUAGAUUACACUUUGUUCCUCAUGGCAUUGAAAUAAUAUGCUCAAGAAUCACCUCUUGGCUUCUUUGUUAUCAAAAUUUCAAUCCAAAUGAUCAAUUUUUUAAGAUACUGUCUCUAUGGAAGUCAGAUGUUUAUUACUAACAUAGUCAGUAAAGAAAUGUAUGGUAAGAUUUGAAGAAGAUUCUUAAAGCAAAACAAUCAGAAACAACUCUGACAAAAAUUUAAGGUAUCCAUUUAUUUUUCAUUAUUUUCUGUGUAUUUUGAAACAUUCAAAACAAAAGGCUUUUAAUCCUUCAAUGAGUUUUUAACUGUUAAACAUGGCCACAUCUUGGAUUGUUUCAUGGCCAUCAUUUCCUUGUGCAUUUCUAGACUUGAUGGUAACAUAGAAGCCACCACACACUAUGCCUAUAACUUGAAGCCAGACAAAGAGUAUAUGUUCAGGGUCAAGGCUGACAACCGUUUCGGGACAAGUGAACCAACACUCCCAUGUACUCUCCGGGCAAGAGAAGGUUUAAAAAAAUGUUCAAAUCUUUAAGAUAAAAUAUUUUUUUGUAGUGCAUCUAACAAGAAAACUCAUUAAAAUACCCAUUCAAUAAAUAGUUCAUAUAAUUUUUUUUUAUAUAAUCUGAAAUAUGACAUUCUUCAUGCAUUGUUAGGUAAACUGGAAAUCACUUAACAUUUUCUUGUGAGUGUAAUGAAAUAUGUACUAAUAACACUAUUGAGGAUUAUAUUUUUCAGAACCCAGAACACGAGAAUCCAUGCUGAGAGAGUCAGAGACCCCAGGUAAGUGGCCUACAUCUUACUUAUUGAAAUGGCUCACAUGUAAUUAUUAAACUAUUUACAAAAUAACAGUAGUUGGGUACAGAACAACUUUUCAAACUUUUAAAUGCUUUAGACAUGAUCCGUAAAGCAUGAAUAAUAAUGCUUCAAUCUAAAUCUUCAAACUUUUCUCUCUAAUUAGUUCGUCCAGUCCUGCCCAGAAGUCAGCCUUACAUUUCUGACAUUGGUAAGGAGACCUUACAGCUGGGAUGGAAGCCGGCAGAAGUCCCGUACUACACAGGCAGGUCAAUGUCUGUGCCCCCCGUCUCUUACAGAGUUGAGGCCCAGAAGCUCCCAAGCGAGGAGUGGGUCCCCCUGGCCAGCCGUGUCAGGAAACCCAGCUUGUACCUCUCUGACCUGGAGCCUGAUCGGGACUACAACAUCAGGGUUAGAGCUCAGACGCCCUACGGCAUAAGUCAACCUACAGAGCCAUUAUGGAUACCAAGAGCUAAAGGUCAGAUGAUGCCUGGAUGUGUUAACUUUAAACAUGUUUUUAGGCUUCAUUAAACUACAUACCUUGAUAAAAACAUAUGUGCUGACAUUUAAGCAUUUCAGUGUAGUGGCCAUGGUGAUAUUUUCAGUCAAACCUCGGUUAUAAAUAAUAUAAAAUAUUGUGGCCAAUUAAUUUUUAAUUUAUUAAUGGAAUUGACAUCAUUUAGAAAUUCAACUAGUUUUCCCCAGCGAUUUGGUACUUUCUAUAUGUUUUCAAAAGAUUUGAUUUGAAAUAACAACAAAUAUGAAUUUCGUAAGGAUCAAAAUAAGGAAAAGAUAAAACACGUUCCCAUGUUUUGGUUACAGCCUUCACUGGAGUCCCAGUGUCCAGGCCCACCAUCUCAGAGAUUGAGGAGGGCACAGCUCGUCUACAGUGGAACAGGGUCGAAAUACCUGCUUUUGACAAUCGGGACGAACCUUUACUCUACAUGAUUGAGAUGCAGGAGCCACCAUCAUACAGGUAUGGGAAAAAGCCUCAAACUUUGAUGGCGCGAUUUAGCCCAUUUUAUGAGGUAGCUACUCAAGUGUGUAUUUUUUUUAUCUUUAUGUGAAAAUAAAGUCAAUUUCAAGUGUAUGGCAGCAAUUAAAGAUCAUGGUAACAAUUAACGAUCAUGGUAUAUAUUCACUGCUUCUGGGUGAGCAUAAAUAAUGACUACUUAUGUAACCUUCUCAAAAAAACAAUUUUAUCUUAGGACUAACGGGAUUAGUACAUUAUUUUCUACGUACAAAUUUUGGAUCAGAAAUGAAAUAAAAAAAGUGUUUCCAUUUGUAAUUUUUGGAUCAUCAUUUCAAAUUAUUUACACUUUCUUUAAUUCAUCUUCUUGCAGAUAUAGUAUCAUUUUUAAAGUAAUUUGGCUAUAAUUUUGCAAUUAGUUUGCUAAUAAUUUUGCUUUACUUUUUUACUCUCAAGAUGGCGUGAGCUGGCACGUCGUGUACCAAAUAAUUUCUAUGUUGUACGUGACCUGGAUCCUGGACAAGACUACCGUUUUCGAGUACGUGCAGAAUCACGUGAUGGACUUCUGAGUGAGCCGAGCCCGGCUACCUCCAUGUUUAGGACACUUGGUACGAUAGUCUGUAUUUGAUUACAACUCAUUCAUUUUAGAUACAGAAAAUUUGUUAGUUUGUAUCUGUUAUGGACCUGAUGGGCAUAGUUAAUGAUUAAAAAAUUAUUUUAUUAGUGUUUUCAUUAAAAUCUUCUUAAAGUAUUCUAGGCUGAUUAUUUAUUGAUGUCUAAUAUAUCUAACUCUGGCUGUUAAUUCUUCUAGCGCUGACCCACACACCAGUGGACAGGUUGGAAGUUGAAGAGUAUGACCCUGAUCUUCAGAGUGCCAGGUUGUCUUGGAGACGAGUGGAAGUACCACCCUAUGGAGAUUCUGAGAGUCCUCUUCUGUACAUGAUUGAGUAGGUUCAUGAUUGAGUGGGUUCAUGAUGAGUUGGUACAUCAUUGCCUAUGUUCAUUAUCGUUUAAGAUCACGAUUGAGUGGGUUCAUGAUGAGUUGGUACAUCAUUGACUAUGUUCAUGAUCGAUUAAGUUCAUGAUUGAGUGGGUUCAUGAUGAGUUGGUACAUCAUUGACUAUGUUCAUGAUCGAUUAAGUUCAUGAUUGAGUGGGUUCAUGAUGAGUUGGUACAUCUUUGAAUAUGUUCAUGAUCGAUUAAGUUCAUGAUUGAGUGGGUUUGAGCAAUCCCAAGGACUAAUGAAAUUACCUAGCAUGAAGAUCAGCAUAAUUUGAUAGAAUUAUCUCAUUAGCAAAUUCAGCAUAAUUUUUAAAGUAAAAGUUGGCAUUCAUCCACUAUAGCAGGCCUGCUCAACUCAAAAUGUUAGGCGGGCCGUAACACUUUAUGAAAACUUGUGCGGGCCAAAAGAAAGUAGGACAGAGGGGAAAGCUAUUAAGAAAAUGAUAAGAAUAAACAAUAUUUCGUUACUUCGCAGGCCGCAAAUUGGGUGCUUGCGGGCCACAUUCGGACUGAACUACAGCAUCAAGUCUGAACAUUGGACAUGCAUAAUUUCUGUAAAACAUUUCUGUAAAUUCACGCAAAGCAACCUUGUUUUCAGGUAUGAAAAUCCGCAGCAUGAAGGUUGGCGCCCUCUGGUGAGUGGAAUCCCUACCACACGCUACCGAGUACCAGACAUUUCUCCCUCAGAUGAUUACAGGUUCAGAGUUAGAGCCCUUAGUCCUUAUGGCAUCAGUCCACCAUCUUACCCAACUGGACUCUACCGAAAUUUAAGUAAGUCGCACAAUCAAUCAAUAUGCUACACAUGGAAAUGAACCACAUGCAAAGGCUUUUGAUGAAAUUUCGGCCCCAAGGGAAUUUUUGGAAUGGUGGUUAAAAUAUGGUCUCAAAGUGUUCUACUAAGAUGGGCUUUACAACUAAGAUGGGCUUUACUCGUGUCAUGUUAAAUGAAAAUUUGUAAAAAGAAAUAUUUAAAAAAAAAAAAGGAAAUAAAGUGUUAAUAAAAAUCUAUUUUUAAAAAUAUUCAAAGUAUAAAUAUAUUAAAAGGAGUAAAAAUAAUAAAUCUGCAACUGUGAACUAAGGAUUAUAUCAAAUCAUUCAAGCUUGGAAAAAUACAAAUAAUUAGUAGCAUUUUGGGGAAAAAAGGUGAGGUGAAACGACCACUGCUAUCAAGCUUAUAAUGAUAGAUCCGUCUUCUUUUAUUUUAUGAUAAAUUGUUUUAGGGUUCAUAUUUGGAGUUUCAUUUUGUCCUAAUUCAAGCCACAUCUUUUCCUGUAAUGCAUGUAUGUCAAGAUUGAUUUUGAUUGAUUUAUUCAGUUUGAUAUAAAUAUUUUUAAAACUAUUUACUGGGAAAACUGUAAUAUUUCAAAUCUGCAAACUUAUCUAGGCCCCAUGCGUCCUUUGGCACAAGACUUACACAUCAGUGAUAUGGAACCCUCCAGUCUCAGGUAAAUAAACUUUUGGUUACUUUUGUAACAUGUCUCAUUCAUUUUAUAACAGAUGAAUGUUACAUUUCAAUGAAAAGAAUUUCUGAUGAAGAGAUUAACAAAACAUUAUUAUUAUGUUAAGAUUUAUUCAAAUAAAAUACUUUCAUUCUGUUGUUCAUUUAAUAUAGAAUGUUUAAAUACAUUAUCAAAAAUUUAAUUUGUAAACAGUUAUUUUAGUCAUUUUUUAGAAUUUUUUAACACUAUAAUUUGUUACAGGCUGUCAUGGAGAUCAGCCUCUGUGCCACCAAUCAAAACUGGGGAGCCGGUCUCCUAUCAAAUUGAGGCCAUGGAGUAUCCUAAGCGAGAGUGGCGUCCCCUAGCAACCAAUGUUCAAGAUACCAGCUACAAGCUGGGUGGCCUCAAGCCUGCUGCGGAUUACUCUUUUCGUGUGAGAGCAAUCACCCCUUCUGGCUUCGCUGACCCAACACCACCGGUCACUUUGACCUCCCUACCAGGUAAAUAUUGCUGAUGUGAACUUGAAAUGUUUUUCUUCAAGGUUUAGCUUUUGAGGAAUGACGGAAUGAUAUAUCACAUAUACCUGAAGAAACAUUUGUUUAAACAUCAAAUAAAUUAGAUGCAUAAACUAUGUACAAAGUCAACACGUAAUGUGUUUUUUUUAUUAUUCAAUACUGUAAGAUGCAAAAUGCUGGUGUCUAUGAUGUUUAACAAAUUUUGAUAAAAGUCAAUGUACUUCUUUUGGUCAGUAACACAGAAAGUUACAUUGGAAAAACUGCUAGGCACUCAUUCUUAAAUACUACCAUUCAUUUUUUUUUUUGAUGUAUGCCAAGACUGAUAAAACAUUUUUUGCUAAUAACAGUAAUUCUAUUACUUUUAUCAGUGGCUGAUAUAAAUAGUUUUACUUUGAGCUCUCUCCUGGUAUCCAGGUCUUCAUGUUGCACAGUAAAAUAUGUCUUAUAUGAAGCAGCUUAACAAAUGAUUUGUUAAAUUUGUGUUUAAAACCUGUGUGCUUGGUUGGCAGAGUGGCAGAAGACAUUCCAGCUACAAAUGAAAACCAUUUUUCUGUUUUAUUUGUUAGCGAUCAUUUCUGUUUUAAUUUUCAGACAUUUCUAGGAAAAGAUGUGCAUGACUAGAACCCAUGUGUAUGUAAAGUGAUUGAUGUGAAAGUUUGUUGUGGAGAAUUUUUCCAUUUCACUGAAGUAUUGUCUCCUGAAUCUAAACCUUGAUAAGUGUUCCUGGUGAAAACUUGCAAUAAAAUGUACCAUCAUUACUGCCAGUUAAAAACAUGUCUUGAGAAAGAGUGAAACAAAUCUCAUUGAUUUAAUUGUGCUUUAGUCAAAUUUCAAUGCAGCAAGCAAAAAAAAAAAAAAACCUUUGGACUUAAAAUGAAACCUUAUACUAUUAUAUUUUUUAUAAUUUUUUUUUCAUUCAUUUAAGUUAAUUUCAGAUGCAUUCAAAGGAAAUUUUAAAGAUCCCACAUAAUCCCUUCUACAAGUAUAAAUGAUAUAAGCCAUUAAUAUUUUAUAAAAUGCAUACAUUACUUUUCAUACAAAUAUCAGCUAUGAGACAAACUACUUUAUAAGAUUGCAAUAGAUGGGAACAUUGCUGUGUUAGGCUCACCUGUUGUGGAUUUCAUUUUGUCGUGCUGGUAGUUUCUUUGAAAACUUACUGUGAAUAAAGUUGUGUAUAUAGAUUGCUGUUUUUGGAAUGACUGCGUCAAAUAUAUAUAUCAUUUACAAAUAAUUGCAGUAAUUUAUUUAUUUUGUUAAAAUAAUUUUUUGUAUUGUAAAAUCUUUGUUUAAAAAUGCCAAUACUCUUGCCUUCUUGAAAUUACAUUUCAUUUUAAAACAUGCCAAUAUAUCAUUAAUUUCCUUUAGAAAUAUCAAAUUACUUUAUUUUUGUUGAAAUGCCGAGACCUCAAAGUCCUCAUCCUAUGAAGUCCUGGUUGUUUAGUAGAAGAUAGCUUGAACUUCCUCACACAAUUCUUUCUAAGCACUCACCAUUUGAGUUUGUUCAGUGCAGAAAAGACACCAAGCAUUUUGCAUCAGUUUUCAUUGUUGAGCCUGUUACUAUGGUUAUGUUGUGAUUCUUAGUUUGUCUUGUGAGAGUGAUGCAAUAUAUGACAUUUGAAAUGUGUCAUGCAGCAAUGUAUGACAUUUGAAAUGUGUCAUGCAGCAAUGUGUGACAAUUGAAAUGUGACAUGCAGCAACAUAUGACAUUUGAAAUGUGUUAUGCAGCAAUGUAUGACAUUUGAAAUAUGCCAUGCACCAUCCAAAAUAAGUACUUCUCUUCAAUGAUAAAUUUAUUUUAGUUCUUAAAUGAUCAUUAAAUAAUUAUUUAAUAUUUCAGAAAAGCUUAUCAAAUUUUAUUGCAAUAUUUAAACUUUAAAUAAAUAUUAAAGUAGAUAUACAAUUGAACAAUAAAGACUCCCUUGCCAGAGGUUGCAGACACAUUUGAGCUCUCCGCCCAUUUCACUCUUAAUAAAAGAAAAACUGCAAUCACAUUUCACAAUUACGUUAAAAUAUUUGUUAACAAACAAACCUAAAGAUCAUGUAUGUUUACCCUUGCUGAUGACAAUAUGUUGAACCCCACUAGUUGGUAGGCAUUGGUAGGAGAAGCCUUAGGUAUGCAUACAAUUUUUUUUUUUUUAGAGUGAACUGAAUUCAGCAGAUUUUGCAGGGGGGGGGGGGCUUAUUUUUUUUUUGUCUGAAACUUUGGAAGUCCAAGGAAUUAUAACAUAAAAUAAUGCAGGCAGCACAGCGGCAACCAUCUUACCUAUAAAAUGAGAGAAAAGAAACAUCUAUUUACUGUAGAGAUGGGGGAAUCCUUCAGAAAUCAAGAAAUUAGAAUGCUGUUGAAACUAUUUUUAAAAUUCUUUGCUGUAUUACAGCCCUGUCACUUAAUAUUUUUUUUUUUACAUAGCCCACACUUUUAUUAUAAAUUUUAGCAAAGAAAUUGUUCAUUUAUAAGAUGAACCUUAAAGUAGUAGUAGUUACAUUUUAAAAAUUAUUUUAGAACUAAUAGAAGCUAAAGAUAGAUUCUCUCAAUUUUAGAAACUUGUUUGCAUAAAUGAACAAAGCCCAAGUCAUAUUUCAUUGUGAUAACUCAAUUGUUCAAUUUGUGAAGAAUGCUUAGAAUAGUGAUUUUAACAGAAUAAUUUUUGUAAAUUAAAUGUAAGAAAUUCUCAUUGUAUUUUAAAGGGUAGUUCUUUGGGAAAAACCCUUUUUGAAACAUUCUUAAACUGUCACCAAAGCAAGUCUAAUAUCUCAUUCUUGUAUUGAUAGCUAAUAACUAUCAUUUUUCAGUAAGGCCUCGUCUUCCAGUUAGAGAACCCUCCAUAUCUGAGCUGGGCAGUGAUUCUGUGAGACUCCAGUGGAAACCAGCGGAGUUGCCAUACUACUCUCGACACCUGACCCCCAUUGUGUAUUCUGUAGAAUAUCAGGUAACAAAAUGUCUUACAAACAUGAUAAGAGCAUCAUAAGGGAUGAGCAUUUAAAAAUUCUAAAACUGCUACAUAUAUAUUUAGUAAUUAUGAUGAUAAUGAAAUUUUUGAAGGAUGUAGAAACAUGGUUAUAAGUUCUAGGGCAGUUUUAGUGGCUAUAAAAAAUAAAUCUGUAUUUUUUAAAACCCUACAGGAGAUCCCAAGUCGAGAUUGGGUAACGGCAGCAAAAGGAAUCCCUGACACUUCCUAUGUCAUGCGCGGACUCCGUAACGACAGAGAUUAUCGCUUCCGUAUCUGUCCUGAAACAGAGUAUGGACCUGGAGAGUACAGUCUUCCAGUACAAGUUCACAGACGCAUUGGUACAUUUAAAGAUUCCAAAUAAAUAGUCCAUUUUUAUGAGUAUAAAGUAAAUAAAUUGGAGUAGGGCUUGUAUUAUGUCACAAAUAUAAAAACUGUGGCCAUAUUCUUUAUUAAUCAACUUUAGAAUGCUGUCACUUAUGAAUAUAUAACAAUACUAUCUUUAUUUCAUGCAUAUUUAUUUUUUAAAAGGUGUUGAAAACAUACAUAUUUUUUAAAAAUUCACAUAAUUGUUUAAAGCUUAAAAAAUUUAAAAAUUUGUACCUAAAGAUUUUGUACAAGGUUUUUUUUUCGAUUUAAAAAUAUUUUGAAUAAACCAAUAAUAACAAUAUUUUCUUUUUCUUUAAUUGAGAUUAUGAACAGCUAUAGAUUUUAUAUUUUAAAUUAUUGUUUUUUAUUUGCAGCCCCAACUCUUCCCAACAAAGAACCUUUCCUGUCCAACAUUUUGCCCUCAUCUGCCACUCUUUCCUGGCCAUCAGCCUCACUGGCAUAUGGAGCUCCUAGUCGCCCGAUAGUCUAUCGAGUUGAAGGAAGGGAGCCCCCGAGCUCCGCUUGGUAUGACGUAGCCAGCCGCGUUCCAUCAACAUCCUACAACUUACAGUUCCUGUACCCAGACCAAGAUUACAUGUUCCGUGUCAUCGCCGACUGUGACGGUGUGGAGAGUGAACCCACCAUGGCUGUUUACCUCCCUCGAAGAGCCGGUACUGUUGUUUAAAUAGUCUUUUAGUUAAUGGGUGGAGUCUGCUGACAUCCAUGGUUAGCCUGGGAUGUGAUUUUUUUAUUUAAAGUUGCAGAGUGAUGGAUUUUAUGAAACGCAUUAAAAAUCAAAACCCAUUUAAGCCCUAAUACACCCAAGAGCUGCCCCUUAAGUGGAGCUGGAAGAUGACUUUGUUUAACAGUCCACUACCUCUGGUAUAAACAAGCUCACUUCCUUUGGAAAAUCACAUCUUGUUAGAGCAGAUCCCAGACUUUCCAGCUGAAUUGGUAGUUUAUUUGGUUAAAAAAAGUCUGAAAUGUUCAGAGACAGCUCUUAAGCUAAAAAUCAAAUAAUAAAACCUAUGCCAAACUAAAAUACUGGACCAUGCAGGGGUUCAAAACUUUGUGUAAUGUAACAGUUUUAAUUAAUUUUAAUUCAGGCAGAAGAAAAUAUUUUCAAAAUUAACUUGCAGUUCGUCAUUAUGGUUGAAAUGGCUAGAAAGACUUUGCCAUUGUAUGCUUGUAAUUAGUUUUUGUAGUGUUGCGUUUGUUUUAAAUGUGGUAAAUUAUAGAUUUGUUUUUUGUUGACUUUGUACCGCGCUUCGAGCGGGGAUGAAGCGUGUUUUUGAAAUGAACUUUAUUAUUAUUAUUAUUAUUAAACCACCCAAAAAAAAUUUUUUUUUACAUUACAAAAAAUAGCACUACAUUUUUUGUUCAAUUGCUCAAAUUAUUAUCACAUUCACUAAUCCAUUCGUCUAUGACUUCAACCAAAAUAGAAACUCAGAUCCAUGAUACAAAAAAGAAAAAGAAUGCCUACUGUAGAUGAUUACAGUAAAACAGUUACUUUUUAUAUUAAAGUGCUGCAUUUACAUGACAUUUUGUCCAAUAUUUUGUCUACAUUAGAUUGUAUGUUCCACAUGUAUGUCGAGCCAGAAUGAGAUAAGAUAAGAUUCUUUUAUUGAUCCAAAUAAAUGGUAAUGUUUUUUGAAUAGGCUGCCCAGUGGCAUUACUAACCAUUACUACUCAUCUCACAUGAUGUAACAUUAUAAGUUACAUUUUUUAUCUACGUUCAGGUCCACCAAAAAUGCCCAGGGAUGCCCCUUAUGUAUCCAGUGUCCAGCCAGAAUCAGUUAUUUUAAGCUGGCGGUCUGUGGAGCUGCCCAGUCGCAUCACUGACUAUUCACCUGUCACUUACAGGAUUGAGGUGAGAUAUUUUUUUGUUCUUGGUCCAUUAUAUCCUUUGAUUACUUUAUAACUAACUACAGACAUGGAUAUUAUUUAUUUACAUCAUCAUAAAUUCAAGAGAGUCAAUCUCUGCAAUCUUAAGUUAAGUACUAAUUUAUUUUAUAAUUUGAUUCAUUUUUUUCGGACAAAAUGGUUGUAUUGUAGCUAGGACAACUGAAUGAGAGAGAAAAAAAAGGGUUGGGUGGGGGUUAAGUUUUGAAUGUAACUGUCUGAACAAUAGAUCACUUAAAUCUGUGUUACUCAACUAUCUAAAUAAGCUAACAUUAGGUAAUAAAGCUGAGUUAUUCUGGUGGCUAGGUCCAAGAACAUCCAAGGUCUGACUGGCGCCCCUUAGAAAGAAAGAUAACUCAGACACAUUUUCAUGUCACAAAACUCCGUCCAGACCAGGACUACUCAUUCCGCAUCAGAGCUGAGAACGAGUAUGGCGUUAGUGAUCCUACUGACCCAUUCCUCGUUAGGAAAAGAGCUGGUAAGAAAUUUUACUUCCAUAAAAUUUUAGUAACACAAGGCAGAAAUAAUUUUUUAGAAUUUAAAAUGUGUCAUAUCUGCACAACAGAACAUUUUUUAAAAUUACAAUGGGUUUUAUAAACACAUUCUGUCCCUUUUAUUUAUUUAAGUUAGUGGAUAUUUCAAAUUAAAAUGACAAAUCUAUUCAGCCAAGUUCCAAUAGGUGAGACCUUUAUUAAUGUUACACAUUUGUUGGUGUAAAGAUUUUUACAAUAUGAAGUAACAAUUUGAUCAUUAAGUUACUGUACUUUAAGCUGUGUUAUAUCGACUUAAUAAUGGUAGUUGAAAUCAUCAUUAGCACUGACAGGUAUUCUCAAACAUCUGCCUUUCAGUGGCCCCUGUGAUGUCCCAGCACGAACCACUCAUCUCUGAUGUCCGAUCAGAUUCCCUGAGGUUAACCUGGCAACCUGCUGAGGUGCCAUCUUACCUGACUGAUACUAUCCCUGUUACUUACACAGUGCUGAUGCAGGUAUGCAGUAUUUUUAAUUACGUGUACCUGAAGUCACAACCACUCUGGCUAUUUUGAGCCAAAACUCACACACAUUUAUUAUGCACAAUGACUGCAAGCUUAACAUUUGAAUUACUAAAACAGAAUAGCUUUUAAUUUAAAAGGAAUUUUGAACAAUAUUUAACUUUUCAAUAACAUUGAAACUGUGAAUCCCUAUUAAAUACUAACUUUGCCACAGAAGUUAUAAUGAUAGAUCACACAAGAGCAAUUUAAAAGUUUAUAAAAAAUGUAACCAGUAAUUACCAUAGGGCAAAUAGCUUACAAAAUUGAGUUUCUGAAUGAUGAAAAAAAUGUAAUAUAUUAUUGAACCAAUGAAGAAAAAAAAAUUAAAUUAUACUUUGAAAUAGUCUCUAUAAUAAAGCUAUUUAAAAAAAUCCACAAGAGCAAUUUAAAAGUUUAUAAAAAAUGUAACCAGUAAUUACCAUAGGGCAAAUAGCUUACAAAAUUGAGUUUCUGAAUGAUGAAAAAAAUGUAAUAUAUUAUUGAACCAAUGAAGAAAAAAAAAAUUAAAUUAUACUUUGAAAUAGUCUCUAUAAUAAAGCUAUUAAAAAAAAUCCAUGCCAUGCCUACUCAUAUUGUUAAUUGUUAUUUUCUAGGCAAUAAAGUAGGCAGUGUUUAGAUUGUCUGGGAUAAUUAAUGGAGGAGGGUAACAAGAAGAAAUUUGAUUUUGGUGGGUUUUUCUCAUAGUGAUAUGAAUAGAAAGAGAAGUGGUGUGGAGAAUGGGAGACAUAAUGUAGGAGACUUUUACCCUGGGCAUGGGCAGUUUAUCACAUUUCUAACCCCUCUUUGACAGGAGGGAGGGGACCAUUCCUGGCAGCCCAUCGCCCGCCGUGUUGCAGGGACCAGCUACUUUGUGACAGGUCUCGCUCCAGAUAGGGACUACACUUUCAGGAUUCAAGCAGAAAACAAUUUUGGCUCCAGUCUACCCAGCUUCCCGUCACGUCUGCACAGACAGGGCAAAGGUCAGUUGUGUUAGCUAGGAAUGAGUGACAAAAGUUGAUUGGACUAGAAAUAUGUUUCAUGCAUAGUUUAUUCUCAAUUUUUUUUUUUUUUUUUUUUUUAAUAAACAAAUUUUACAAAAAUUUUAUAGUUAAGUUAGUUAACAUAAAAGAAAUAGAUCAGGUUCUCUAUUAAAGACAAUAGAAAGAAAUUGUCUUUGAAACAAAACACUUAAAAAAAAAAAAAGUUGAAUCAUAUUUUCAAUGUUAGUGGAAAGUUUCAAAAGUCCACUGGUGUUUAGUUUCAUCCCCAUAAUUUAUUAUGAUUUUUAUAUUCAGGUCCCAUAUAUUCACCUGAGAUUGAAGACGUUGAAGCCUCUGCUUUUCGCCUGUCAUGGAAACAACCAAAAUCAGCCUCGAAGAAGGUGACCUACUCUGUGGAGACCCUAGAACCAUCCACAUGGAAGUGGCGCCCCCUGGUGUCUCGCUUGCCUCACCCUAGCUACAAGAUCACCAACAUCCAGCCUGCCAGGGAUUAUGCGUUCAGGGUCAGGGCUGAAGUUGAUUCAGUUAUCAGUGAACCUUCCCUGCCAAUCUCGUUUUCCAACAGAAGAGGUAACUCAACAAAAAUUAUUGCAUAACAGAUGCAAGUUCAUUUAACAUUACAGUUAGACUCCGAGUUAAAACAUUUCCUUUAAUUCUUUGUCCUUUUGAUUCAUUACAAACUCCAAUGUGGUUACGGCCUUGAUAAAAACUGGAUCAGUUUUUCUACUGUGCACCAAUAGAUAAGCAAAAAAAAAAUAAGUCCAUAAUUUGAAAUAUGGGCUUUGAUACUUCAGCUAUUAGCCUCAAGUAUAUGAAAAUAUCCAUUUCUUUAUGAAAUGCUGUAAGACAAUCGGUCAACACAAAUUGUGGUACAUUUCUUAAAAACAUUUGGGCAACUGUGUUUUAACUCUUCCAUUGACGAUCUCAGUUAUAAAGCAAUGUUGUUAUUAUAAGUUAUUUUCAUAAAGUGUUAAGUAUAUUUUUAUUUUCAUACUUUAUUCAAGGAUGACAGGGUGUUGGUUAGUCCUAAAAAAAAAAAAGAAAAUUGAAAAUGAAAAAGUUUAAUAAUGAAAAAAAAAAAAAUUUGCUUAAGUCAGUUAAUCUCAUCGUUAAUCCAUUUUUAAAUCUUCACUUUUGUACAAACCGAGAAUAUUACUCCUGACAAAGGAAUGCUGAGAUUACUAUUUUCUUGUUUACUAUUCUACUUAACACAGUAACUUUUGAUUUCAGAGAGGGCCUCCACAGAAAUACCAUCAUACAAGGGUAUCCCAUCAAUUACUUUCUAUCUAUUGUAUUUUAUGUUGACCUGAUAUCACCUAAUCACUGCACCGCUACUCACCACAUUAUUCAAUGUUGAUUAUUUUCACAAUUUUUUUUUUUUUUAUGUGGUAAUUAAUAUGAUUUAACAUGAGCACUGAAUUAAUUCUUGUCUUAUUUGUUGGGGGCAGCAGAACUCACAGACACACACUACUGAGUGCCAGUUGGAAGAAUUUAAUUUCCUACCCAUCAAAGUAUUUGCUCUAAUAUGUUUUUGUCUUAUCCAUUUCUAAUGCCUUAUGAGCAGCUAACUCCCAUUGUUAAGAAGCCCAAAAAAGUUUUAAAAACUAAGUCCAGACAUUUUCAAUUAAAUUACAUUAUUUUAUUUUAACUUUUGUUUUUUAAAAGAGGCAAAUGUUCUUAAGUUUUUAGAGGUUAGGAUCGGAUUCAGGGGUGGGGUGGGGGGGUCAGGAGCUGGAAGUCCAUGGGUGUUGAUCCUUUCUGAUGGGUGAUUGAAUGGUAUGGAAUGAAAUGCAUUUAAAAAUAAUUGAAAAACUUAAGUGAACAAAUAUUUUUUUUAUCAAUUACUUAUGAAUUAAAUAGGUUGUUUCUAAUGGCUGUUAAAUAUGUAUGUUUUAUUGUUGUUGCAUGCAUGGUAACUAUUUGAUCACAAAUAUAUGUAAAUUUAGUUCCAGACUGCACCUUAUUUUUAAAUCAAAACUAAAUAAACAAAUCAAAGCCGGACACAUUUUCUUUGUCUUUGGGGAACCCAUGAUUUUGUAAAAAGUUUUUAUAAUCUCAAAAUACCUUCAUCUUGGAAUGGCUUAGACAAAUUGUCAAAUAAAAAUGUUGCUUUUACAGAUACACGCAUAUUUAAAAAAAAAAUCUCUUAAAUAACUUAUUGAUGGGGGGGGGGACCAUUCCUUUUACGGCACAGAUUUAGUUUUUAACAAAGCAACUUCAAUAUUAUUUGUAACUUAUUUUCACCAGUUGAAUUUUUUAAAAAGUUUUUAUAAUCUAAAAAUACCUUUAUCUUGGAAUGGCUUAGACAAAUUGUCAAAAAAAAAUUUUGCUUUUACAGAUACACGCAUAUUUAAAAAAAAAAUCUCUUAAAUAACUUAUUGAUGGGGGGGGGGGGACCAUUCCUUUUACGGCACAGAUUUAGUUUUUAACAAAGCAACUUCAAUAUUAUUUGUAACUUAUUUUCACCAGUUGAAAGUUUUUGUACUGUCAAACCUACGUUGCACUUAACUUGAUGUCCUUAUUUAACCCCACAAAAGUUGUUUGUGUUCAUCCGUUUAAACAAAAGACAAACAUACAUUUCCCUUUCAUUUAUCAGUACUCUCCAGGGUAUCCUCUGUUACAAUAGGAAUCGACUAUUCCAAUGUGAAUAUAUCAUUCAAAUGUGAAGAUACUAUUCAAAUGCAGGCUUAAGUAGAACUAAUUUUUUUUUUUUAACAGAAAUGUAUUAAAGAAUAUUACAUUUAUAAAAAUAAUUUCUUUUUAAAUGGUAUACGUGAUGAAAAGACAACUCUGCUGAUUUAACUUAGUUUUUCUAUUCAUGCCCCUUGACAUUCUUUUUGCAGCCCUGCCAUCUGUUCCUGUAGAACGCCCCACCCUGUCUGAUGUCUAUGAAGAUUCUGUUCGUGUGAACUGGCAUCCGACCCUGUACACAAAGGGCAAGCUGGCAUCACAAGCCUUCAGACUGGAGGUAAAAUAGAGGCGGCUUUAUGUUGCUGUCAAAACAUCACUACAAAGAGUUAGAAAACCAAAUGAAGCCAGUGUUAAAAUAACUUAACAACAGAUCAUGUCACUGAUUCUCCUUAUGAAAAAUCAAGUCAGACACAAGUUUGUUGGGCUAAAAGACACAGACUGUUGGUGUGGGGUUGUAGGGUUGGGCAUUGUUUCAGCAGGCAAAACAAAUUUUUUUAAAUUACCACAGAACAGAACUAUUGCUACCCAAUUAUCCCAGUGGGCAGUUUGAUCAAUCUCAUCAUCUCCAUUUGAAAUUUUACUUUGAGAUUAUUUCAGAUUAAUAUUUUUUUUAUAAUCCAUGUAGAAUAAGGCCAAAAAACAAAUACCAGUAAAGGCAAUGUAAAAUAGUUAAAAGGCAUGUUAAGGGAUUUAUUACAUUUGGAUGAUAUUAAGCUUGUACCACAAAAUCAGAUGUAAACAAACUAUGGACAUACAACCCUACAUAUAUUUGGUUAAAUUCAAACAACUGCUUUUCUACCUACUCCUAGGUGAGAGAGCUCCCCGACUCCUACUGGCGCACCCUCGUCCCCUACACUGACCAGUGGAACUAUGAGGUCACAGACCUUCGACCCAGCCAGGACUACGCCUUUAGAGUGAGAACCGUCACUGAUACUGGCAUGUCGGAGCCCUCUAUGCCAGUUUUUCUCUACCGUCAAGCUGGUAUGUCACGUCAUAUGUUUCAUUCACAGCCUUUUCUCACUUGAAUGAUUUUUUAUAUAACAAGCCAGCAUUUCCUGAACUGUGGCACCCAUUUCAAGGUGUUGUGUGAAUGAACCCUUAGUUAUGCCUUUGAAACAAAUGUAGUAUCUGAACGUUUUAAAAUACAUGUUUAGUGUUCAUUUCUUUUCAUUUCUGCAGCUCAAAUGAGUAUUUACUGAAAUACAGCUCAUCCCACGAUUUAACAAUUUGUUAAAGUAUUGUAAUAAUUUCUUACUAAUCCGUGUUAUUUUCCCCAUCCCAAGGGACAUUUGUAAAACAAUGUCUUAUUGUACACACAGUUCAGGAGACUUUGCUACAAACAGAUGAAGCACAGUUGAAAUAAAACCUUCAGCUUUGACACACUCUGUCUAAACCUGGGCAUGCAUUCAUUUUUCCAGCUACUCCCAAGUUCCCCCUCCCACCCCCUGAGAUUGCUGACAUCGGAGACGAUUAUAUUAGCCUCGGCUGGAAGCUGGUGGACGUUCCGGCCUUUGACCUGGACGAAACUCCCCUCUCCUUCAUGAUUGAAGCUCAGAGGUUACCUGAUUAUGACUGGAGGCCAGUUGCAAAGGGUGUUACAGGAACAUUGCAUAAGGUUAGUUUGGGAACCACUGUUACACCUGACAAGUCAUUUCAAAAUAAAAACUAAAUAUAAAAUAUGAAUUGAAUAGAUAAAUAUUAAAAAAUAUUUGUAUGUUUCAAAUAGUUUUACUUUGACUUUGGCACAAUAUUGUUUUAUAUGAAAUAUUGUUGGCACAAGUGAUAAUGAAGCUUUUGCUUUUAUUUUAAUGUCAACUUUUCAUGGACUAAUUCAGGUGACUGGCCUGGAACCAAAACACGAUUACAACUUUCGCAUUCGUGGGGAGACGCCCAUGGGAGUGACGCAGCCUUCACCUCCCAUCUCAGUAUACAGACGUCCGUGUGAGUGGGGGAAACUUUGUUGAUAACAUGACGCAACCGCUAAAAUGAUAAAAAAAUAGUUUAAAUAAACUAUUCAUCAUUUUUUUGGAUUGUUGCUCUUCCUGGAAAUACGUAUCUCUAAUGAAAGCAUUUGAAAUACUAACAUUCAACAUUCUUAAGAACCAUAUGUCCUAAAACUGCACUGGGGAUUAUUUAAAAAUUGAAGUUUAUUUUAAUUAAAGUAUAUUUUCCAUAAGUUAAUUUUUUAAAAUCAGUAACAACUCAUUUGUUUCAGUCAUUAGUAAAACUUUUUGAAAAACUCAAUCUUUUAAAAGUUUUAUAAGAAAUAUCCACCACCCACAAUGUCCAGAGGUAUAUGCUGCUCCUUCAGUGUGUUAACCUUCUUGAAGACAGUCUGUGUCUGAUCUCUGUUACCUCUGCACCAGAAGUUAAUUGUUGUACAUCACCUUCACAGUGACAUCAGGCGUCCCUAUAACCAACGUGACGGUUGACAGUGACGGCAAUCAACCCUAUUCUGCCCAUCUGAGAUGGAGUCCUGUCUACAUGCAGCCUUACCAGUCAAGCAAGGACAUGAGAUACGCCAUUGAGGUAAUCUUAUGAGUCACACUGUUAGAUACUAUGAGUAACAAAGAGGCUUACUACAGCACAGAACCCUUCACUGCUACUCAGUUGUCCCAGGAGGCAGUUUGAUCUAUCUCAUCAUGUCCAACAUUUACAAGUUUACUUGGAGAUUAUUUCGGAUAAAUAAAUUAUUAAAUCCCUCCCGUACAAAACGAAAUGCCCUUGUGAUAUACUACAGAGCAAUAUGAGGAGGACACCAUGCCUUAACUUGCUUCAAUGUUGAUGUGUCAAGACCAACACUAAGGAUUUAUAUAUACUUUAAAAUAUACACAACUGAGAUAGUAUACGAAUAUAUGUAAAUCUAUUUUACUGUUAAAAAAAAAAAAAAGAAUGUUUAAAAAAAAAAGAAUGUUUACAAAAAAAUAAACCUGGAAGAAAAAUAUGUUGCUGAAUUUUUUUUUCUUAUUUUCACUAGGUCCAAGAGCCCCCACGAACUGACUGGUCGAUACUGGCCCAGAAUGUGCCAUCAACAAGCUACACAGUUCCCGAGCUGAGUCCAAGGAAAGAUUACCUCUUCCGUAUCAAGGCUCAGACAUCAAGUGGAGAGUACAGUGCCCCUACUGCUCCUAUACCUUACUACAGGACACCUUGUGAGUAGACAGUAGACUGUAACAAUUUACUAAGAGAGAUAGAAAACACCUUUUCAAUAAAUAUGUAUGUUAUGUAACAUUGAUUUUUUGUAUGUUACAUUGAUUUAUAUGUUACAUUGAUUAUAUGUUACAUUGAUUAUAUUUUACAUUGUAUGUUACAUUUAUAUCUAUGUUAUUUUACAUUUCAAGACAAUGCUGAAAAUGUGUUCUUAUUUAUCCAGUAGCUCCACUGGCCAAACCCCUAGCACUUCCAUAUCCUACUGAAGACUAUUCUCCUAUCAAUAGACCUUACAUUGAGGGCCUCAUUCUAAAAGGUGAUAAAGUUUAGAGAGUUAUAAAAUUUGAUAGAAAAGUCAUUACUUUAUUCCAGAUUUUAACUUGAAUUACAGACAAAAAUACUUGAUAUAGAGGAGCAAUUGUUUCAGAAAAAAUAUAUUUUAAGUUCUGUGUCAAAAAAUGUUUAUUAGAUAAAAUUGUGAAGAAGAAAAAAAAAAAAAGCUAAAUAAUUUGUUCUACCCAGUGCCCCCUCGUAUGUCUAUUGAGAAGCCAGAGUUGACCGUGGUCAGCCCAGAUUGUGCUCGACUAUCGUGGAAGGCUGCCCGUGUUCCCAGUGCUACUUCUAACCUUUCACCUACGACCUACAGAGUUGAGGUUGGUACUCAUCAUAUUUUGUCAGAUCUGUACCUAUUCAGUUCACCAUAUUUUCACAGAUCAAUGCAGUGAUUUUCUCGGCUAACAUGUCUACUUAUGAAUGAUAAUGCUGCAUUUCUGAAUAUUUGGAUACAUUUAAGUUUAAAUUUGCUUUACACUUUCAUAAACAGAUCUGCAGAUUUAUUUUUCCUGUUAAACAAAAAAAUAACUAAUAAUUUACACUAAGUGACAAAUAACUACUAAGGUACACACAAUGUAAAUUUUCAACCUUCGUUUGUUUUCUUUCUCCAAAAAAAUUUAGUUAAACAUUUCAUCUUAUUAGUAUUAAACCAUUUUGGAGAGUCUUCCAGUUUGGACUGAGCUCUAUGUCUUUUUUUGUGUGAUGGGUGGAGUUUAAUAUUUAUGGUCAACAAAGUACAUGCAUAUUUUGAUUCUGUCAGGUUCGACAUGAAGACUCAUUCGAGUGGAUAGAGAAGGCCACACGAAUCAAAGGUCUGACCACAGACAUCAGGGGGCUUAACCCACACAUUGAUUACGCUUUCAGGGUGCGGGCUGUCAAUGAUUUUGGAUGGAGCGAGUCAACACUUCCUGUCUUCCUUCACAGACCACAGGGUACGCAUAUAACGAAACUCAAUGGAAAUGAUGUUGAAAAUUAUUAAUUAUUUUAUUGCUGUUCUGGAAUAAAUUUUGAAAUUUUAAUAAAGGCUGCUUUGAAUGAAAUCCUAAUAUGAAUUUGAGUAUAUUUUGAGAACAAAUAAUAAUAAAUCGGCAUAAUUAUUAUUAUUUAACAUAAAACAUUUUAGUGUACAAUUUUUGGACUCCAGGGAGUCACCAACUUUUAAUGAAUACCGUUUAUAGCAGAUUUAUAAUUAAUUUUAAUUUAUAGUACAUUUUUGCUGUUUACUUAUAAUAAACUUUAUUUUAUUGCUCUAUUUAAUGUCCAUUUAGACCUGAAGGACACUUCCAAUGACUUUGAACAGUAUGAGAUGUAUGGAUCACUCCUUGGAGAUACCUGUAAGUCAACAGCUCUAAACAUUUUUAUUUAUUUUUUGUGGCAUUUUUUCAUACAUUUUUUAGCAUUGCUUACAUUCAUUUGAGAUCAUUGCUUACAUUCAUUUGAGAUCAUUACUUGCAUACAUUUUAGGUGCAAUCAAAUAUUUUAUUGCACACUUUAUUUCCACUUAAAGCCCCACCAAAGAUGCCCAUCGACACACCCAGAAUGGGGCUUGUCCAGGGCACCACCAUGAAGCUCUCGUGGACGCCGGCUCGUAUCCCUCUGUAUGCCCGCAAGACUCCAAUCACAUACCUGAUAGAGAAGAGAGAGCCCAGUGACCAAGACUGGACUCCCAUUGCCAGCAGAAUCGAUGACACUGCGUUCACCAUCGGCAACAUUCUACCCGAGCAGGACUACUUGUUCCGAGUCAGGGCGGAGAAUGAGUUCGGUCUCAGCGAUGCCACUUUGCCUGCGGCCCUCACCAGAUCUAAAAGUUAGUUGUUCUUCGUGAAAUAGUGGAAAUUGUUUCUUCAUUUGUCCUGUCGUCUAAGGAAGGCUCUUAGCCGAAACGUUCUUCUUGUAUUGUCCUGUCUUAAUAUUUCAAGCUUCCACAUAUCUUGUUUCACUUUUUCCUUCACACGGCUUGAACACAAUCCUUCAUUUAUUAUCCUUUCUUCUAUGAGACCAGUUUUGUGCAGUUUAUUUAAUGAUUUCAGACAUUACUCGUAAAUAGGGAAUAUCAAAUUAUCAUGUUUGGUCUUGGUGGAGAAAUGAAAGAUUAAUAUUGAAACUGAAAUGCACAUUUUGUCAUUUAAAUUUCAAUAAAUUUGUUUGCCACUCGCAGCUUUCUGUUUUUUUUAUUUUUUAUAUUAAUUCCAUCCAACAUUUUCAUUAUUAAUAACAGUAAUAUGCACUUAAAACUUGUUUUCAACAAAUUAAUUAUUUUUUAAAAUUAGUAAUUGGUAACUCGAGUUCAGGCAAGUGAAUAUUUUCUUGCAUGGUUCAGGACUGAGCCAUAGUUAUCUCAAACCAUUGGCAAUAUUUAAAACUCUUUUUUUUUUAAUGGAAAAUAGCAUCAAUAAUUUGAACAGUCUGUAUAAAACACUAAAAAAAUUUCUCUGCUACUAACUUAUGAGUUCAUUAUGAGGAAAAUAUAUUGAUGCAAGUAUUGAUGUAAGUAUCAUUUUUGUUUUCCUAGUUCCUAAUUUCAUCAGGAGCAGUGCAUCAAGGGAGAGAGAACUUGAUGCAUCCAGCAGCUCCAGCAGACGCUCUUCCUACAGUUACAUUGACUCCAUAUCAACUGGUGGUAAGUCUCUGACUUUAAAUAAACCAAGACUUUUAACAGUGAGAAAAUGUUUUUAAAAAGUAUUUUGAAAGUGAUUUAAUUUUGCAUAUGCAUUGGUGAGGGUUGUGAAAAUAUGUUGCCUCAGAAAGAUCUCAGCAUAAGGGAUAUUUUUUUAAAGAAACCUUUUAUGAGCUCUGUAAUAUUUCUUUGGGGAAUUAUACUGUUAAAUUGGGGAUGAAAUUAUUAGUACUCAGUUAUACCCCUCCCUCUUCCUCCGCCCUCCCUCUUCCUCAUCUCAUGAAUCUUCUUCAGGCUGUUGUUAGGUGUUUAAGAUUUUAUUCACAUGUAAAUGAUUUAAUAACAAAAUAGUCUCCUUAAAUGAUUUAUCUCAUUCAGUUCCACCCAGAGUGCCAGCCGGACGACCGUCCAUCUCCGAUGUCACUGAAACCAGCCUUGUGCUAUCAUGGCCGGCUGGGCGUAUGCCUUCAUACUUGAAGGGCCAGGUUGGAGUUGUUGUUUUUUUUCUCUCUGUAAUUCUGAAUAUCUAUCAGUAAUUUAAUAUUUGUUCAGUGUGCUUAAAAAAUGUAUUUGGCCCUUAACGAGGAGCUUAAAACAACAGUAGGUUGGUUGAGUCAGGAAGACAAGGGACUAGCAUUCACACAGCUGGGUUCAAACCACAGUAAAACCAAAUGUUAACAUCAGUCCUCCCAUCACAUGUGAGGUACAUAAGCUUGCUAUGGGGGAAAACUGGAGAGUCAAGAAAGAUGAAACCUUGUACCACAUUUGACAGAAAUACCAAAAAACAUGAUUUAUUAAAUGUAUGGUUAUUCCCUAUAUUUCUUACCUGUUAAUCUGUUCAGGUCAAGGUCAAGUACAUUGUAGAGUCCAGAGAACCACCAAAUCAUCUGUGGAAAAAACUAGAUGAAAAUGUCCCAACAACCAGUUUCAAAGUUAGUGGACUACGACCUGGUCAGGAUUACAUGUUCAGGUCAGUCUCUAAACUGAGAAUAAUGGUUAGGGAUAAGUUGUUAUGGAUAUGCUGUCAGGGAUACAUGUCACCCACUUGAAUAAUUUGAAUAUUUUAGAGAUAACUAUCAAUAGAUCUAUGUCUGAUAUGAUUUGCCUUAUUUUGAUCAGAGUUCGGGCUUUUAAUGAGGCAGGAAUGAGUGAACCUACUCUUCCAGUGACCCUGACACGUGACAGAGAACCGGAGGUCAAACCCAGAGUUUCCCGCAGCCGAAGUUCUGUGGAGAGGUUCAGCUCAGUGGAGCGGUUUACAUCACGCGAACGCUCACUCUCGACAGACAGGUCGGCAUCCGUGCCCAGAGUUCUGUCCCGGGAGGGCUCUCGAUUACUGGAUGAUGAAACCACACAAGACGCGGCGCGUAAGAAAUACUGAACCGAAAAAAAACUCUUUACGUUCAAUGAAUCUUUUCAUUGACUGAUGUCUUCAUUGUUUUUAAUAUGUCAUAAUUAAGUCAUUUAGAAUACUGUAACAAUGAAUUAAUUUUAUUGUUAAAAAUUGUUAACUGGGCUGGUCUGCUAUGCAAAGGAAAUAAAACAAUAAAUGGUCCCCCUACCCCCAUCCACGCAAAAAGAAACCGUAAGAAACAAAGUGAGUUGAUGAGUACAAAAAAUUUUAAUUUAAAUAAAUUAAUUUCAUUGCUUCAUAGAAUGAAAUUUUGUACCCUCUGUAGUGCAGGAGGUGUGUGUUACUGUACCAUAUAAAAUAGUGCAGGAAGUAUGUGUAAAAAUACUGAGCACUGAAUUUCUUAACCAACUUUUUUCUCUAGCUUCCCCCCCAGAGUUUGUGGAGCCAUCACAGAUUCAACACGGCAUUGACAGCCGUCCUGUGAAGCUGUCACUACAACUCCUGGGAUCUCCCCUGCCUACAGUUGACUGGUACUUCAACAACAAGAAGAUCGUCUAUGGGGAUAAAUAUGAUGGCUACAUAACCCCCUCAGGUAGUUAUACCCUCAGUCAUAUCCAGUGGUGUAGCUAGGGUUAGUGCUGCCAUGAUUUUUGCUGCCUCCCCCACAACCUCAAAAAAAAAAUUAUUUUAAAAAAAAACACUAUGUAACUGGUCAAAUCAGCUCAUUUGUUUUUUUCACUUAUCUUCCAGCAUUGUUUUUCUCAAAGUUAAGACCUUUAGCUUUGCUAUCAUCACUUUUAUAAACUUUGAGAAUAUCUAUUAUUUGCAACUUCUUUUAAUUGCUGCUGUAUAUUCUGUUAAAAUUUUACACAAAAUAACUUCAUGUAAUCAGUUUCAAUCUAUUUCCUUGGCUGCAAGCAUUUAAAAUAAACAAUUUUUGAAACAUAACAAAAUAAUGUCCUCUUCCUUUUAUUCAAACAAAACAGAAUGAAAUAUUUUAGGGUGAGUUUUAUUUUGUGUUUUAAAGGCACUUUUGGGUACACCGAGCCAGACUUUGACAUAAGUGAGUGACAUAUAAAUAAAUAGUUGACUUCAAUGUUAUUUAACUUUUACAUCUAGGUUUGGCUGUGCUGGAGUUUUCUCCCCUGACAUGGGAUGAUGUUGGAGAAUAUAAAUGUGUGGCGGAGAAUGAAGUAGGUCAAAGCUCAUUCACUAUCCUGCUCCAACUGUCUGGUGAGUGGGCAAAGCUUUUAAAAAAUAUAUUUUUAUGAAAUAGUAAGAACAUUGUAUAGGAAAGCAUGAAUUACAACAAUAGACAGAGAGAUUUUGUAGUGAUGUGCACAUAUUAUCAUGAUAUGAUUAUGACAUAUUAUGAUUAUGAAAUAUGAUUAUCCCUUUUUGAAGCAAAUUAUCUGGGAGAGCAAAUUAAGUUUUUAACUAUUCAUAAUUUUAUACAAUUGUCUUUUUUUUUUGAAAAAGAAAAGAUGAAAAAAGAAAAGGUUGAUGGUUGGUCCACAAAUUAACUGAUACUUUUUUUUUUUGUUGUACAGAUCCACCCACGUUUUUAGAGCCAAUCAAAGACUUGCUGGUGGAAUCCAAAGGCAGCGGUCAGUUCUGGUGUAGAGUAGAUGGACUCCCUAACCCAACUGUCAAGUUCCUGAAAGACUGGAAGCCUAUCACAGACACUUCUAGAUUUACAGUAAGUAUAAGAACAUUUUUUGUGUGAAUAGAACAACAUUUUUAAAAAAAUUCUCUAUUACUGGUCAAAGAGAGCUAAUGUUAUUAAAAGUUUAAAAAUCAGAUUUAAAAGUUGGAUAUAUGCUUCACCUGGUGACUUUUUUUUUACUGGUUUAACAUAUGUAAUCUAUCACAAAGGAAACAAAUUUGGUGUAAGCUGCACUUUAUCCUAUAUAAAAACUUGAUUUGUCAUACUUAUUUGUGAACAUUAGUUUGCAAACACUUGUUUGUGAACACUUGUUUGUGAACACUGGCUUGUGAACACUUGUUUGUUUACACUUGUUUGUGAACACUUGUUUGUGAACACUUGUUUGUGAAUACUUGUUUGUGAACACUUGUUUGUGAACACUUGUUUGUGAACACUUGUUUGUGAACACUUGUUUGUAAACACCUUUCUCUUUUCUCUCAGGUGUCUCAGACAGGGGACAAAUGGUUACUUGAAUUUACUUCUGCCAGUCCUGCAGACUCAGGUUGUUAUGUCUGUGUGGCAGAAAACCCGGCAGGAAAGGUGUUUUGUACUGCUAGACUGUCUGUUGAUGGUGAGGCACAAUCUUUGGUAUCACUAACUUUUUUAUACAUAUGUUGUAGCCAUAUUCAAAGAUUCUUUAAGAAAAAUCGUAAACCUCUUGGUUUCAACUUUUCAAAAAAUGCAUGUUAAAAAAAAAACAUGUCUUAGUCUGUGUUGUUACAACCUUUACACAUACACAAAACUGGAACUUUUUUUUUUGUUUUUGUUUUUUGUUUGUUGCUUUUUUUGUAAUGAUAGUAUGAUAUUUAGAUGUUGAUAAUAUUUUUUUAGGAGAAAUUCCAGCUACCAGUGUGUACUACAAGAAAUCUAACAUUGAAGAUGACUACUACAUCCUGGAUGAAUUAGGAAGGUAAGCACUGGGCCAUGUUUGAAAUUUAUUGUUGGGAUCCUCUUGCCCGACCCUUUUAAAUACUUCCUUAUUUUUGGCCACCCUUAUCUAGGGUGACAACAUUACACAUCAUCACUCUGCACUGAGACCAAAUACUGGAAGCAGAAACACCUCAUAAAAUAAAACUGUUCAUCUUUGUUCUUGAUACUGGGCAAGAAUGGCAUUUCAAAUGGCUGACUCUUUCACUUGGCUUUCAUCCGUCUGACCAUCUAGAACUAACCACACUGACCUCUCUCACUCAACACCCGUCUCUGGAACUGACAUCAGUUCCACUGCUGUCUCGGGAACAAAAACAUCAACUCCACUGUGGUCUCUUCAAACACCUUAAACACCGACACCCCUGUUUAUUGUUCUUCACAUUUCAUCCUAUCACAAAUCAACAUAAUAAUACCACCCAGCCUCACAGUCACAGCAAGUCCCCCACAAAACAUUGGUUAUCAUUCCCUGACAAUAGCGCUUGUGUAGUCAUUGGAUCAAUUAAGAGAUGACUUAAGAUGUGUUUACGUUUGCUGUAAUAACUUUUACAGACCAGUAAAUAUGUGUGUACUAAAUGGAAAAAGCAAAAAGCCAAUGCCUCAUUAUUUAUACAUAUAUGUUGAACUCAGUGUCAUGAGAUAAUUUCACAUCAUAGCAUUUGAUGUCCUUUUAAUUUUAUCCAUUAAGAAAUAUGUUGCCCUAAAUGACAAGGUCAAAAGGCAUUCCCAAACUUGAACUGGUUGACUUUAUUAAAGGGAAUAGUGUUCAGGCAGGAUUUGCCCUGUAGGCUUUUGAUAUUCAUAAUCUGAGAUAAUUCUGGCCUAAAGUCCUUUGGACUUGGAUCUAUAUAUAUAUAUAUAUAUAUAUAUAUAUAUAUAUAUAUAUAUAUAUAUAUAAGAGAGAGAGAGAUAGAAAGAGCGUACUAUAUUUAUCUUAGCUUGUAUGGUAUUCCAGGCAAACACUUCUGUUUCUCAGAGGAAUUUGAGGAAGCUCAUCCAUUUAUUUUACUGAUUAAAAUUAUAAAACUAACAGACACCUCAGGACCCCAGGAAUGUUUGAUUUUUAAAAAGAUUUAUAAUUUCAUUCAUUCACAUUUCAGAUUCAUUCAUAGAUAUUAUUCAAAUAGUUUUUUUCUCUUUUAUUUUUGUGGUUUUUUUUUUUUUUUUUUUUUUUUUUUUUUUUUUUUUUUUUUUUUUUUUUUUCUUUUUUUUAAUUUUUUAUUUUUUUUUUUUUUUUUUUUUUUUUUUUUUUUUUUUUUUUUUUUUUUUUUUUUUUUUUUUUUUUUUUUUUUUUUUUUUUUUUUUUUUUUUUUUUUUUUUUUUUUUUUUUUUGUGAUUGAUAGUCUAAUAUACCUUAAGUAAAAUUUUACACAAACAAAGAUUUAUUUGAAACUGACUCUUGAAUUUUUGGAAGAUGUUAUUAUGAUACUUUAAUUUUCAUAAUUUUUGGUGUGAGGAAACUCAAACAAAUUAAUAAUUUUGGAACAUGUUACUAAUAAAUAACUGUGUUCGGCUGAUGUUUGCCAUUGGUUCAGCAUUUGGUUUAACUCAACAUUAGUGAAUAUUUUUUUCAUGAAAGAUAUCUUUUAUCCAUUCAAUAUCCCAGAGGUCGUCACAGCAUUGUACGCCGCGUCAUUGAGAAGUCAAGUGGGGAAGAAUUUGCUGCUAAAUUUACUUUUGUCCGUGGAGAGAGUGAUAAAGAUUUCUUCCGCCAAGAGCUGGAUGCCCUGCUGAGGCAGAAAGGGGAAAAUGUUGUUCAACUCCAUGAUGCAUAUGAAACUCAACGGCAGCUUAUUAUAGUUGAGGAAAUGUAUCCUUACAUUCUGACCUAUGUGUCAUUUGGAAGCCAGCCUUUAAAAUUAAAUGUAAGAGAUGCACUUAUUUUAUGAUGUCAAGCACUCAUCAGCCAAAUUAUAUUGGCAGAGUCUGAAAAGUAUUACAUACAAUUUUUCUGGACAAAGUUGAGUAAGAGAAAUGAGAUAAAAUUGUUAAUAUUCACAUAAAAGUUAAGCUGUAAUGUCAAAAGUAAAACAAGUACCGUAUUUUACGGACUAUAAGACGUUACGAACUAAAAGACGCACCUUAAUUUUUAAGCAAAUUUUUUAAAAAAAAUUUACCUUUUUUUUUUUUAUUAAUUUCGAGUAUAAGACACACCUGAAUUUCGGAGGCAGUUUUUCAAAGAAAAAAGUGUGUCAUGUAGUCCGUAAAAUACGGUAUUUAUAUUUAAUCUAACAUAAAAUAUUUAUUAUUAUAAAAAACAGAGAUUUCUUUUCCUAAAAAUAACUGGUGUCUAUAAAACGAACUGUAUUUGUUUAAAAAUUUUCAAAUGAGACGGAAUUGUCUUAACUUUAAUAAGAGUAAAAGGGGGCAACUUACUGGACCUAGCAUCUGAGGAUGACAGCUGGACAGAGGACAAGGUGGCGAGGAUAAUACGAUCACUGCUCCAGGCUCUAAAAGAUGUCCACAAGACAAAUGUCAUUCACCUGGACAUUGAGGUAGAAAUUCAGAUGUAUUUGAUGUCAGCAGAGUUAAACAUUGCUAGUUUAUUAUUUCAUACAGUUUAAAAGCUCACUCUUUAAUCGUGGCUUUAUUGACAUUUUGUAUGCAUCACUAUUUUCUAUUCUAUAAAUUAUAUAAGUCAGGAGAGAAGCAGUACUAUUUGUUGUGUGGUGAUAACGGCUUCUAUUCAAAGACUUUGGAAUUAAAAUUUAAAUAAAAUUAAGAUUAAUUUCUUUUUUUUUUAAAAUAAUAAUUUAUUUUCAAUUCAGCCAACAAAUCUGAGGUUUAAAACACCUGGCUAUGAAGAUUUGCGCCUGAUUGACUUUGGGUUUGCCAGGAAGGUUCCACUGACAAGUGAUAUUUACUUCAACUAUGGAACGCCAGAGUUUUGCUCCCCUGAGGCGGUUGACAAUGAACCUGUGACUUCCGCUUCUGACAUCUGGGCAGUGGGUGUCAUAACUCAUUUACUGUAAGCUCUCAAAUUUCAUAACUCAUAUAUUUUAAGCCCUAAAAUGGUGUCUUAUUUAAAUUUAUUUUAUAUACAUUUAACGAUCAUACACUCAUAUGACUCAUGACAUUGCUAAUGCUUUGGCACAUAACUCAUUUACUUAUCUUCAGUUUUUUUUUAAUUCAAAGGAUAAAACCCCAAAAUACUAAUUAUGUCUGGGUUUUUCCAACCAUUUUUAAAAAUUAUUUCUGAUUUCAGCCUGACUGGCAUGACACCAUUCAUUGGUGACUCUGUGUCUGAUGUUUUAGCUCAGAUUCAAACCUGCCAGUUAAGCCUUGAUGGCUCUCUCUUCUCAGAGUUUACACCAAGUGCUGCAGACUUUAUCUCCAGGAUUUUGGUCAGGGAUGCAAAGUAAGAUCUCAGCAUGUUACCAAUAAUAACCUGUGUGCUUCAAACUUUGGUUGAGAGUGAAUUAUUUUAAAGCAUCAUACUUGGUAACACGAGACUGUGUUGAUAUUAGUUAAUAUAAAUACAGCAACGUUAGAUUUCAUCUUAUUUUAUAGGAUCUGGGAGGACCUUUGAAAUCUAUUUUUAGACUGCACAAAAAUUACAUACGAUUUUAAGAGCCCUGUUUGGUUCCAACACCCCUCCUCUUCCUUUUCCGCCAUUUACAGCUUGUGGUAGUAAUGAGACUGAGAUAGUAUAUAUAUAUGACUGUCGCUUAUUGUUGUGCGUAUUGAGUGAACUUUGUGACCUCUUUGGCCUGUUUUGUUGUCAUGGUGUAUGACUGGACAUGGUGAGUUGUUUUCAUGAAUCUUUAAACUUAAAGGUGUGAAUAUUGGUUGGAGAAAUAUUACACACACCACAGACAAGUUCGGAUCAUAUUUUCCUGUUACAAAGACUAUUAUGUGUUGAUUGGAAAUAAAACAGGUUACAAAGACUAUUAUGUGUUAAUUGGAAAUAAAACAGGUUACAAAGACUAUUAUGUGUUAAUUGGAAAUAAAACAGGUUACAAAGACUAUUAUGUGUUAAUUGGAAAUAAAACAGGUUACAAAGACUAUUAUGUGUUAAUUGGAAAUAAAACAGGUUACAAAGACUAUUAUGUGUUAAUUGGAAAUAAAACAGGUUACUAGGCAAAAUGGCUAAUGAUGUUUAUUUUUUCCAAAUCAGCUUUUUACACAAAAAGUCAUUUUCUCAAGUCACUUGGUAGACUUUGUAAAUGAGGUCCUCAUUUGUAAAUUAAUUCUUAUUUCAAUAAAUUUUAUUUUAUGCUGAACGCCAGAAACUUUAUUUUGACCAGUGACAGUCUGUGAUAAUGUGAUCUGCACGUACACCAAAAUAUAACUGAUAUCUGCAGAAAAAAGCACCUGGAGAUUGCUAUGUAAAUGUCAGUCAUCCACUUUUGGAAGUGACCUUUUUUUACAUGAGCUUAACUUGAUGAGGGACGAGAGUAGUUAUUGUUUAAAUAAUACUGUAUGCUUAUUUAUUUACUGUUAAGAUAAUGUUUUGCACGAUUUUAAGACAUUAUUGUAUGAUUUAGGGAGUUCGAGUGUAACCAGGUCUGAAAUAUUAAUUAGCCUAAGUUACUUCAUUAAUAAUGGAUUUUUAAUGAUUGCGAAUUUUUUCAUUUAGUCAUUAAAAAUGUAUGGAUUAAAAGAAAAUCCUCUCUUUAAAAAGUGAUGUUAGUAGUAGACAUAUGGUAUUCAUUAAAAAUGGAAACACAUCCUUAUGAUGAAGACUUUUUCUUUAAUGUGUGAACAGGAAUUUCAUCUACAUUUUAAGAAUUAGAAUAAACUUCUCUACCUUCUUCUUAUUUUAUCCUCAAUUCAGGACUCGUCCAUCACUGGAUGCCUGUCUGGCCCACGACUGGCUAAAAGUCGCUGACAAAAAAGAUUCAAAGAAAAUUGAUAACAGUCGCCUGAAACCAUUCCGGGAGAGGACAUUAGCUACAGUAAGUUUCUGGAGUUAGAAUGAAUAGAAAAUUGUGAUAAAUUAUGUCUCCUGUACACUGACACCUUUAUAGGGGUCAAAUGGAAAAAAUCAUUUUGUGUUCAUAAAGAGAUCCUAUACUAAUCAGUUAUAAAAUAUAUAAUCCAUCACAUAUCUGCCAUAAAUAUUAAAUACAUCCAAAUCGGUUCUUUAAAUUAAGGAUGUGCUAAGGCAACUAUCCUCAGGUUUAUCUUUGACAAUUAUGCAUAUUUUGUUAUUACCAGCAAAACUCCAAUGCAGUUAAAACCAUUGCCAAUUUGAAGAGCCUGAAGCGUUUGCUGGAAGGACCAUUCCAACUUCAAGGGCUGCAGCCUACAACUGAUCCACAGACAGGGGAGAUCAUCUUGCCAGAUUCUGAGAGCUACGGUCAGUACCUGGAUGAGGAGUCCUGGUUUGACUGGCAGUUUAGACACCAACAAGGGCCCGAUGCUGACCAGGCUCUGGCUAAGAGUCAAGUACAAAAAACAAGAACAAUUAAAAUUCCUGCGGUCAGUGACCAGUCAGCUAAAGAUGAAGAUUCACAAGACAAGGGCAGGUAAGAUUCAUUAGCUAUUAGUACAAACAUUGCCUUUAAUUGGUAGAAUAGAUAACCAUUAUAGCAUCUAAAUUAUUUUAAAAAAAAAAUUAUUUAAAUGUUUAAAAAAAUAUGUGACCAUCUCGUUCAGCAUUAUAUAACAAUAAUGUAUAGGAACUUAUGUUCAUACAUUUAAAACACAAGGAAUAAGAAAAGUGAACAAUAAUAUCUCUACAGAUAUCUGAUAAAACAUGUCAGAUGAUGGAAACAAUGCUUAAAGAAUGUCAAGAGAAAAUAAGUUAUCUCUGUGCACAGUUUAAAAUAGCUUUUUAGUAUUUAUCGGAGUUAGGCCUAUAAGACUUUAUCUCAUUAACUCUGUCAUGCAGAGUUUCAAAAAUUGAAUGUUUAUAUUUUUAACAAUGGGAUACAGAAAUGAAUUUUCCAUAAAUAAUCAUGUGUUUAAUCGUGUGUUUAAUCAUCAGGGUCUUGGAACUAGAGAGAGGAGAAAUACCCCCACCCAUUGAGAAGGAGCUGGAGUGGUUGGAGGGAGCUGGAGAAAGGAAAGAGUCCCAGGAGCCUGAUGAGGUCAGCCUGGCUUCAAAGAGGUCAUCAGUAGCCUCCAUCUCACCAGAAGGUCAGUCCAGCAUUCGGAACCAGGUGGUCGUUUACCGCUUGUAUUCUGUGGCCAUUUUGUGAGAUGUAGCUAUCUCAUCAUGUGUGCCACGGCACAGCUGUAGUUACCAUCAUGGUAAACAGUGUAUAAGUUGCUUACUGGGUCUGUUUGACAAAAAUUUUAGUCCUCAAGAAAAAACAUGUUCAAGGAAAAAAAUAGUGAGACGAGUUUUUAGGAUAAAAACAGAAUAAAGAAUAUAUUUUAAAUGCCUCACAGUGUGUGUGCAGACUAUAGCAGAAAUCUGUAAAAAUGCAUCAGAUAAUUUACAGAAUAGAAAAUUUAUGUCAAACAGUACCAAUAUUCUCAUAUAGUAUGAUUAUAUAUUCAAGCUGUUGGCUUUCUUUUUGUGUGUUGAAUCCUCCAAUCCUUAACUCACCAGGUCCCAUGUUUGCUGAGAAGCUCCAUGACCUGGCAUUCAGUGUUAAUGACACAGUGAUACUGCGGUGUAAACUUGUGGGGGCCCAUGCCCCAACCGUGGUGUGGUACAGAAAUGAGGAACUUUUAACCGAUGGGAACAGACUGGAGGUAAAUCACUGCGGACAGUUUUACUGACCUUUUGUUUGUUGCUGUAACAUCUCAAUGUCAUUGGAACAAUCGGUCCCAGGUCUCCAUAGGAAUUGUUGAAUAGCCUAAACAAUAAAAAGAAAAUUCAACAGUCAUAAAUUAUGUUCCACAACCUGUAUAAAAUAAUUUUGAUAUUUUAUUUAAUACUGGGUGGGGUACAAAUGGAAUCAUUGCAUGGUCUUUAGUCUUAGUUCAGUAAAUGGUUUUCUCAACAAAUUUUCCACAAAACUAGAUUCUCAUUGGCUGAGAGCUCAUCCAACUUUAUUGCUGAUUGCAGACCUGUUUACCCACAAAGUCUUAAAAUCGUAAAAUAUCAUCACAAAAUCGUUCAAUACAUUAUCUUAAUUUUAAAAAUAAAAAACAUAAAGUAUAUAUAAUGUAUGCACCUCAAAAUCGUAGAUUGUACGCCAAAAUCGUAAGAGUAGACAGGUCUGUGAUUGUCUGAAAUUCCACCAAUGCCUUCACUUCUUUGCUCCUUCAUAGUAAGUUAGCAUAAGAAUAAAUCCAUAGAGUGUACACAAUGUCAUAACCUUGGAUGCUCCUCCGUCUUUCACAGGUUCAUCUUGCCGAUGACGGGGAAGCCAGCCUCACAAUAAAAAAUGCCAAACCUUACGAUGCGGGUGUUUACAAGUGUGUGGGUAGGACCAAAUAUGGGCGUGUGUCCAACAAGAUGAGACUGGAGCUUGGAGGUGUGUGCAGAGUUUGGGUAUUGUUUCAGCUACAACAUUACACGCUUUUCAUUGGUUGACGUUUGGCUGUGAGCAUUGUCACAGAUAUAAAUAUGGGAAUCACUAAUGGGAGACAAGUUUUAUGCUUAAUAUUUCUUGUAUAAUGCAAAGAGUUUUGGGACUGGAGAGGAACUGAACAAUCUGAGUCAAUGAUGGAAUAAUGAUACAAGGAGAGAAGAGAAUAGUAAUUUAGUCAGACUGGUGGAUUUUGUAACAGGAUUUUGUUUAAUACAUCAUCAAGUAAAAGAAGAUUGUUAUGUGGAAGUGCAAUAGGAAUUGAAAUUUGUGUUAUAUAAUUCCAAGUAUCUUGAUAAUUUUGUGAAAUGUAUUUAUUAUUGUGAAUGUCGAUAUUAAAAUCAGUCACUGUUUGAACCACGUCAUCUUGGGUAUUAUUUACUAUGUUCACCAUUAUGUGACAUGGUUUCGAUUUUAUGGUGGCAGCGGUGGUAUUUGAACAAACAUACAUGGCAACCUGCGAGAUCAAAAGCUGUUCAACAGCAUGGAAUAAAGCAUUCUCCCAAUGCAAUGUUAAAGCUUGUUUCAGUGAAGCUCACUGCCUCAUCGGCUUUGUCAGCAUUGAAAAAAUUAUUGCAAUCCUAAAUGUACUCUCAUCCCCCAGAUGUUCCUGGGCGACCUGGUCGGCCAGUGGUCAGUCAAGUGUCAGGCACAGAGGCACUGGUCCUCUGGGAGGCACCAGCUUUAGCUGGUCACUCAGACAUACUAUUUUACAAGGUGGACUACAGACAACAAGGUAACCAAAUGUUACAUAAUCACUCAGAAAAAUUCCUGUCUCUGUAAUUAGAAUGUACUGAAUCCACUAAUCAUUUAUUACAAAUUUUACUUCUUCAACUGAUUAGGACAGUUGAUUCAUGAUAUUAUUUUUCUGCCCAAAAAAGCCAAAAAAAACAUGUAAAUUUAGAUAUGUACAGAAAAGUUACGCUGUGCUCUUCAUGUUUGUUGUUCUAAUUGACCACGAAGACAUUCAUGCCUGGUCCAUUGAUGCUGAUUUCUUGUUCUGUUGGCAGAUAAGGACAGGUGGACAUCAGGGACAUACACCAGUCUGGAGGCGGCCAUUGUAUCAAAUCUCCUGCCAGAAACAAGAUACCGGUUCAGAGUAUCUGCCACCAACAGAUUCGGCACUGGUCACUACAGCUGGGCGUCUGUGGAGAUACAGACAAAGCUCAAAGGUUUGAAUGAAGAUAUGUUAAAGUAGAAAUAAAACAUUUCAAUUUUUAAUGAGCUAUUUUAUUUUAACCAGCCAAGGCAGAAAUAAAACAAUGAUUGAUCCUGGAAAGAUUUUUUUUAAAGAACCCUUGUAAACAAAAUAAAAGCAAUCUGUUCAUUAAGUCGAGAAAAUAACCAAAACAAAUUAUGAAAAUUGUUUCAGGGGACAGCGAAGGCAAUUGUCUAAAAGCUUUUCUUUAAUGUAAAGAGAACUUGAUCAUUUUUUUGCAGGACAUUGGCAUUUUUAUUAAUUACCCUUUUUUUUUUUUUUUAAUCUUUCCCAUCCCCCAAGCCAAAUUGAUUUUUUUUUUUCGAUCCACACCCGACAGAGACAUACAUUUUUUAACUUUAAUGUAAAGAGAACUUGAUCAUUUUUUUGCAGGACAUUGGCAUUUUUAUUAAUUACCCUUUUUUUUUUUUUUUCAUCUUCCCCAUCCCCCAAGCCAAAUUGAUAUUUUUUUUCAGAUCCACACCUGACAGAGACAUACAUUUUUUAAGCUGCCACAUAGAUUUUUACUUUUUGCAUUUGAGAUACUGUUUGGCCGUGGUUACAAACCUGUGCUACUAGCACUUCUCAGGGGCUCCCCGGCCGCACCAAGAAAUUCUUAAACAGUGUUAACUUGUAAGACAUUGGUUGGGGCUAAGGGACUCCCCCAUUGAAAAUGAUUCUGAAAAAGGCUCUGCAAGUCCAAAAGGUUGGGAACCACUGGUGUAUCAGGAUGAUGAAAAAAUCCUAUUUUGAUCCCAAACCAAAUUGGCUGCUGUUAACUCUCCUCAGUUUGCUGAAAUUGUUUACCUAUGUUUUUUAACAACACCAAUAAAAACUGACUUGUGACAUAUCAUUCAGAAUUGAUAUAAUGUUGCUCAUACUUCUGUCAACUUAAACAAUAUUUUGUCAUAUUAAUCUGUAAUUAUUACAUGCAUUAUCUGCUCUUUGUUUAUCAGAAGCUUUGCCCAUAACCUCGGAUGAAUUUUUCGAUGUGACAAAACUGCGCGCCGUGCAAGUCACGACCACACCCAUCCCACCGCCCGAGACCGAACCUCCAACGCAAGAGGAAACCAAGCCUGUCGUUCAAACAACUAAUCCUGAUUCCGUGUACAAUAUUGGUGAACUCCUGUACAAGUGAGUUGAUAUGGAUGAGCCCAUUUUUUAAAAUAUUUUUAAAAAUAACUUAAGCAUGUUGUGUUUUGCCUUCAUAUUUAAACAUUCAUGCUCCUAUUUUCCUUUUAUUAUUUUUUUUGUACAAUUUACAUUUUUCUUUUUCCGUCCUUCCUAUUUACACCUUUCCUGGUGAAAUUCCCCUAUCUAAAUUUUCCUACUUACAACUUAUAUACUGUUGUAUUUUAAAAUCUGUUUAAUUUUUUUCCACAUUUAAUUAUUUCUGUUCCAGAGGCAAGUUUUAUGAAGAGAAGAGACUGACCCUGCCAUCUGAUGGGGACAAGCCUUUCAUCCUGAGGACAGUUCCGCAAAAAUCUGGCCUGGAGGAGUUUGAGUUGCUGAAGUCAAUACGACACGAACGUCUGGUGAACCUGCACUCAGCAUUCAAUGUCGGGGAGGUUAUCCAUCUCGUCUUGGAGCAUACAGAGGGUGAGCACAUUGCCCGCCACUUGUCACAGAGAAGAAAGUACACAGAGGACAGCGCUG